UACCAGACAGAUGAUGACUUGUUCAUUUCCAUGGAAUACUUUCCAUUGGGAAAUCUACAUGAACAAACUCUGUUGAAGCAAUCUGAUCCGUUAGCUGAAGGUGACGUGGUCAACAUAAUACAACAAGUUGUCCGUGCGUUACGUUUCAUGCAUAACGAAGGGUUUGCGCACCGUGACCUGAAACCAGCUAAUAUUAUGUUGGUGUCUCGGCAGCCUGAGUGGCGGGUCAAGCUCAUCGACUUUGGCAAUAGUAAAAGGUUCAACAAAGAGACCGAAAAAGUUUCAGCUAUCAUAGGUACCAAUGGCUAUAUUGCGCCAGACAUUCUUGAUUAUGCUAUCAAAUAUCAGCAUUCUUCUUCAAUCAACCCAGAAGAGAGCAUUACUCAGGAUGUAUGGCUGGCUGGAGAUAUUUGGAGCCUUGGGGAAACCGUUUUCCAACUUAUCUCAAAGAAGCCUUCGUUCCCCUUUUCACGAAACCUGAUGGAAUAUUUCCAUGGUAAAGCAGCCUUCCCCAUUGAGAAACUUGAAUCAUUCGGGUAUAGCUCCGAAGCCAUGGACUUUGUACAAUCGGCGAUGAAAGCAAAACCGGAUUCUCGUAUGACGAUUCAUGACGCUGCAGCACACGCUUGGCUGAAGAUGACUGAUUCCCGACCCUCAUCGAAAGUCGUUUCUAAUACUAUGUAA